CCAGAGCAGCGCGGAGCAGAGGACGCAGCACGAAGCAAAGCACAGCGAUCCCAGGCAGAGCCGAGCAGGUCUGCAGGCUGGGAUUUGAACAAUGGCCAGUGGAACACCUGUCCAGGCGACUGCAGUGAAGACUUGCGUGUUUCUGCAUUUGCUGGUGUUUGCAGCGGAAUCUGCGAAGGAGGGCGGUUUAUACAUGUGGAUCGAUUCGAACCAAGCCAGAACCCUCAUAGGCUUUGAGGAAGACAUUUUAAUUGUGUCUGAAGGGAAAAUGGCCCCUUUUACUCACGACUUCAGAAAAGCGCAGCAGAGGAUGCCAGCUAUUCCUGUCAAUAUUCAGCACAUGAAUUUCACCUGGCAAGCGACAGGACAGGUGGAGUAUUUCUAUGAGUUCCAGGCAUUAAGGUCUCUAGACAAGGAUGUGAUGGGGGACCCCACUGUCAAUGUGCCCCAGCUGGGGAUGGUUCCACACAAACCCUCAGUGGUUCAGAUUGGUUUCCCCUGCCUUGGGAAUCAGGAUGGAGUGGCUGCGUUUGAAGUCACUGUUCUUGUAAUGGACGCAGAAGGCAACAUUAUUCUUCGGACUCCCCACAAUGCUAUUUUCUUCAAAACUUGUCAAAGAGUGAAAUGCCCUGGGGGGUGUCGGAACGCAGGCUUCUGCAAUGACAGGCAGGUCUGCGACUGCACAGAUGGGUUCUAUGGCCCCCAUUGUGAGAAAGCUCUUUGUGCACCCCGGUGUCUGAACGGAGGGCUGUGUGUCAGCCCCGGAAUGUGUAUAUGUCCUCCCGGUUACUAUGGCAUCAACUGUGGCAAGGCAAACUGCACCACAGUCUGUCACAACGGUGGGACCUGCUUUCACCCGGGGAAGUGCUUCUGCCCUGCAGGGUUCGAGGGCCCUCACUGUGAAAUCGGCAAGUGCCGUCAGCCUUGCAGGAAUGGAGGGAAGUGCACUGGGAGAAACAAAUGCAAGUGUCCUAAAGGAUUCCUGGGGGAUCUGUGUUCAAAGGCUGUCUGUGACCCGGGCUGCGGGGCGCACGGAACCUGCGUGGAACCAAACAAAUGCCACUGCAAAGACGGCUGGCAUGGAAGACACUGUAACAAAAGGUACCGAGGCAGUGUAAUGAGUGCCACCAGCACCAAGCACAAAGUGCACACGCCUUCUCCGAAAGAGGCUGACGAGGGCAAGAACCCACCCGAGACCAAUUACAUCUUGUGAGCGCACACUCCGGAACUCUCCGUUUACUUCUUACACGCAGGUGCCUUCGCGGAGCGACUGUGUCAGAUCCGUUUCCCUGAUUACCAGGGUCUGAAGGCCGGGUUUUCUUAACUUUGCUAUAAACCACUGACCAGUUAAGAAAUGUUCCUUCGUGGUUUUUGUUUCAUUAAUAUUGUCAGAAUGGUAAGUUAUGGAAUGAUGCCCUGUUGCUAUUUUACAGAUGUGUCUUCCGUUUCUAACUUCAUUUAUCUGUGCUACCAUAAUAUUUGUAAUCCAAUAUCCAUGGGGCGCAGGGGAAGCGUUUUGAAAAAUUCUGGAGAAUUACAUCUUGUUUUUAAAAUGUUCGGGCGAUUUGUCAAAAUUUGUCAAACAUUUUUAACGAGUAAUGUCAUAUAACUCAGGAUUUAACACUAUUUGAAUAAGCCCACAUAUUACAAAAAAUCAUAAACAUUCAGUACCGUUUUGUUACAUAAUUCUUUUUUUGACAGGUAUUAAAAUAUUGCAAACUGACAAAAGGACUUAUUGGGAUACCGUAUUAGUUUCUGCUACAUUAUGUCUUUGGAAUUUAAGUUGUUGCAUUAGUCAGCAGGCCACUCGACAAGUAAACAUCCCUAAUUUUAUUUAAUUUGGAGAACCCCAUUUCAAACCCUCAAGGCCCCCUACAGAGGGUAGCGGUAAGGGGUUCCAAAAAAUAAUCUGUGAGGGAAGUUCAAGCAUUAGCAAACACCUUGGAGCGCUUAACAAACUUCCCAGUGCUGUCUCCUGGUCCCCACAUAUCCUGUCAACAGAUCAACAAUUGCUUUGAUUUAUAUUAUUCAUGCUCCCCCCAGAGCUUUUAGACUGGGUUUUAAAGCCAGACAGAUACCCAUGUAUAGGGUAGCUGAAACAAGAGAACUCUUCUGCUGAGCACUGAGUACUUCUCUUGGUUUGUUUCUUGCUGUCUACACGUGCACAGCAUGGCUGCGAGAGAGCGCUUCUUUCUGAAUAUGGCAUUCAGCUAAAGUGUUUGAAUAGUGACCACCCAAGCAAUGGAAUCCCGUUGGAAAGGGUAGUGCAGGGACACAGGAGAUGACAACAGUAAGCAGUGCGUUUCUUCUAAACCCUACACCUGUUUAAUUACGCUGAAAAGAUGCUUGCUUUUAUCUCUUCUUUACUAAAUAUGCCUUUUGAAGUUAAUAUAACAUCAUUUUUCAGUUUGACUUUAAAUUUUUUUAUAUAAAUAUGAUUUAAUAACUUUUCCUUUUAGCGAGAACACAUUCAAAUUAAACAUACUUAGACUUGAAACAUAUGUGUUUGAGGAUUUUAGUUCUUGUUCCUUUUUAUUUGCCAUUACAAAAUGGUAAUGAUGAUUCUUACAUGAGCACUGUUGUGUUGAAACUGCAUACUAUACUGUAAACCAAAAAAAUGCAUUUCUUUUAUUUUCUUUCAUAUAUGUGCGCAGGUAUGUAUUAAAAUGAAAUGUUGCUAUGCCUCAUAUGCCUGUGCUGUCUUUGCUCCGAACGUUUUUAAAUCACAAAUCAUGA